AUGGACAGACCUCUAUCUCCGAUUUCGUUGAACGAAGAAGAAGGAUUUGUGAAAAUUGUGGCCUUGAACGAUCAAGCCGAGGAAACGACGGAAAAUUUGCAAGAUCAGAUGAAUACCCAGUAUGUAUUGGAUGUAAAGGAAACUCCAAAACCGAAAAAAACCAAAAGAAAACAAUUGUUAAUUCAAAAAAAGAAACAAAUAAAUGCGAUGAAGAAACAUCCUAUGUGGAGAUGGUUAGAAAAUUCGUGGCAAAGCGAUGUCACGAUUCAAGCGAUCAAACCAUGGUUGACAUUAGUAAACCAAAAAUCGCUAGAAACAAAGAAUAUGACCCUAUACCAUGCGGGUCAAAGAAUAUCAAAGAUAAUGAAGGAAUAUAUAAAUUACCUCAAAGAAAACAAGAUAACAUUGACGAAUUGUGGAUUCGCGAAUUUCGAGGAGUGGGCUUGCGAAGAAGGAUUCUCCACGACAUAUGGGAAACUCCAAGCGAUGGAUUGGGACGACGUUUUGAACGAACUAUUAUUCACCCAUUAUUCGGACGCUAUAAUGGCAUUGGAGAAACGUCGAGUGGAGCAAGAAAUGGAAGAAAUGGAGUUUUCAUUAUCGCCGAACAUGAAAAACACCUCCAUGUGGUUUAUUUUGCGUAUGUCCAAAGGUUUUACAAAUAUAAAAGCGGUAAUGGCAUUGUAUAAUGCACUUGUUAGGAGCCACAUGGAAUGUGACUCUAUGAGAUUAGUAUAA